CUAAGCCCUGGUUUUUGGAGGGAGCAAGCACCCUCCCUCCUCGUGACCCCUCUCUCUCUCUCUCUCUCUCUCUCUCUAUGUGCGAAGCUCGCGCAUUCUCCGGCGAUGUUCGGCUCGAGCUCCAAGUCGCAGAGAUCCUCCGCUUCGUCAAUCUCGCCGUUCCGGUCGCGGAAGCCGGCGGCGGCGGCGGCGGCGGCUCCUCCUCCGCCGGCCUCGGCCAAGCGUCCGGUCACUCCUUCCUCGGGCAGGCUGCCGUCGUCGUCGUCGUCGUCGUCGAGGUCGGCAAGUAAGCCGGCCUCGGUUUCUCAGGCUGCGGCGGCGGCGUCGUCGGAGAUCCCGAAGCGGAACGCCAGCCCGACCUCGCAGAUCGUCGAGCGGCCGGGUUUCAGCAAGUCCAAGGAGAACGUCACCGUCACCGUGAGGUUUCGUCCUCUCAGCCCAAGGGAGAUUAACAAAGGAGAUGAGGUGGCCUGGUAUGCAGAUGGUGAUUACGCAGUGAGGAACGAAUACAAUCCUUCCAUUGCCUAUGGCUUCGAUAGAGUAUUUGGUCCAGCAACAACGACACGCCAUGUUUACGAUGUUGCUGCUCAGCAUGUUGUCAGCGGUGCUAUGCAAGGGAUCACCGGUACUGUAUUUGCAUAUGGCGUCACUAGUAGUGGGAAAACUCAUACUAUGCACGGGGAGCAAAAAUCACCAGGGGUAAUCCCAUUGGCUGUGAAGGAUGUUUUUGGAAUUAUACAAGAGACACCUGGACGAGAGUUUCUUCUUCGUGUUUCAUAUCUAGAAAUUUAUAAUGAGGUCAUUAAUGACUUACUCGAUCCAACUGGCCAGAACCUCAGAAUCCGGGAGGAUGCUCAGGGUACCUAUGUUGAGGGAAUUAAGGAGGAGGUUGUGUUGUCUCCUGCUCAUGCUCUUUCCUUAAUUGCAUCUGGAGAAGAGCACAGACAUGUGGGUUCUAAUAACUUCAAUCUUCUGAGCAGUCGAAGCCACACUAUUUUUACAUUGACAAUUGAGAGCAGCCCACGGGGGGGAAACCAAGUGGAAGAGGAUGUUACAUUAUCCCAAUUGAACCUAAUUGACCUUGCUGGAUCUGAAAGUUCGAAAACUGAGACAACUGGCUUGAGGAGAAAAGAGGGUUCAUACAUAAAUAAAAGUCUACUUACUCUUGGCACUGUGAUCUCCAAACUAACAGAUGGAAAGCCAUCUCAUAUUCCCUAUCGGGAUUCAAAACUCACCCGUCUGUUGCAAUCAUCUCUCAGUGGCCAUGGGCGGAUUUCUCUUAUUUGCACUGUGACGCCUGCCUCUGGCAACAGCGAGGAGACACAUAACACAUUGAAGUUUGCACAUCGAAGCAAACAUGUGGAAGUUAAAGCAUCUCAAAACAAGAUUGUGGAUGAGAAGUCCCUUAUCAAAAAGUACCAGAGGGAAAUUACAACCUUGAAGGAAGAGCUCCAGCAAUUGAAGCAUGGUAUGAUGGGAAACCCUUAUACGAGUGCAUCUGCACAAGAAGAUUUGGUCAAUCUGAAGCUUCAGCUGGAAGCAGGUCAAGUUAAGUUGCAGUCAAGAUUGGAAGAGGAAGAGCAAGCUAAGGCUGCUCUAAUUGGAAGAAUUCAGCGACUAACUAAACUCAUUUUGGUAUCUACAAAGAAUGCCAUGUCAACAAACCUUCCAGAAUGGCCUGGCCAUAGAAGGAGGCAUUCUUUUGGAGAAGAUGAGCUGGCAUAUUUGCCCGAUAGAAAGCGGGAAUACAUGAUUGAUGAUGGUGCUGGAAGCUACACUUCUGAGUUUCAACUUGAUGGAAAGGAGGCUGUGAUGAAUCUAGAUGAGUUGGUCAAUGAUUACAAAAGAAACAGGAAACGUGGGAUGCUUGGUUGGUUCAAAGUCAGAAAGCCUGAGAGCUUGCCGGGAUUGCCUCCUAGUGCUGAUACUGAGAGCUCUGCUAGUGCAUCACCUGCGGGUUCAAAAUCAUCACAAAGCAGAGUGAUGUUCCGUGAUACCAAGGAUGGACGGAGGAAAUCACUCAGCAGAAAAGGGGACGAUGCUUCAGCUGUGGAGUCCUUUCCAGAAACAACUCAAGCUGGUGAACUAUUCAGAGCUGCCGUUGGAGGUCGACGUCUUCCCCCAAGUGGUACCACCAUCACAGAUCAAAUGGAUCUCCUCCGGGAGCAGGUCAAAAUGUUGGCUGGGGAAGUGGCAUUGUCCACCAGUUCCCUUAAAAGAUUGUCGGAGCAAGCGAUUAACAAUCCGGAUGAUUUACAACUUACGGAACACAUGCAGAAGUUGAAGGAUGAAAUUCAUGAAAAGAAGCUCCAGAUGAGCAUCUUGCAAAAGCGUAUGAUUGGAUCACUUGAAAUGGCUCCUCACACUUCAAAUGUGAAUGAGAUGUCUCAGGCUCUGUCAAAGCUCACUACACAAUUUAAUGAGAAGACAUUUGAGCUAGAGAUUAAGACUGCAGAUAAUAGAAUACUACAGGAGCAGUUGCAGACAAAGAUGUCAGAGAAUGCUGAGAUGCAAGAGACAAUUCUUAUGCUAAGGCAGCAGCUCAAUCUGUUAUCGAAUAAAAGUUCCUCCAGUGCAAAACAUAGUGCUGAGAGUGAGCCUACCUCAUGCAAAACUGGAUCUGGAGAUUUACUAGGAGUAAACUGGAUUGGCUCAUGUGAUGAAAAUUGCAUUGACGAAAACACUCCCACUAGUGUCAUCAACCUGAACAGGGUAUUUUCCCAGGAGGAUUCAAGAGAAUAUGGCAAUGAUGCUUUUCUAAAUUCCCAGGUCCUUAUGCAGGGGGCAGAGAUAGAGCAUUUGAGACAAGAGAAGUGUAGACUCGUAGAGCAAAAGGAUAGACUUGAAGUUCAGAUCCAAAAGCUCGCGGAAGAAGCUUCCUAUGCAAAGGAGUUGGCUUCUGCAGCGGCAGUUGAACUCCGUAACUUGGCAGAUGAAGUUACUAAACUUUCCUUUGACAAUGCAAAACUAAGGGGGGAUAUGGCUGCUGCAAAAGAGGAUUCACGCAGUCGCAAAUGUUGCACCCCAUCUGAUGACUAUCCCGGAAAACCGGAUGGAGCCUUAAUCAAUAACACGCAGAGGGAAUUAGAUGCAAUACGUAAGAAAGAGGCAGACCUGGAAAUCACAGUUUCUGAAAAAAAUAAACUGUUAUUUGAGCUGAGGAGAAAGCUGGAUGAAGCAAAACAACGUGAAGAGAAUUUGGAAAAUGAGCUAGCUAAUUUGUGGGUUCUGGUUGCAAGGAUUAGAAAGUCUGGCAAUGAUGCCAACAACAAGAUGAGUCAAGGGGUCCCUAUCUCAGACAAGCAAGGAAGAGCCAGAAGUGGGAUUCUUCCACGUAAUGGUCACUCACGAGGAAUGCCACAAUCAGAUGAAACUGCUGAGGAAAUGGAUGAGCCAAAUACUUUGGAGCGAUUAAAAGCUAGCUACCUUAAAGAAAGUGAACGAUGCAGAGAAUUGGAAAGUAUGAUUUCCAGAUUAAAGGGUGAGGAUCUUUCUGGUCUGGAUGUCGCUGUCUUGGAGGAACUGCAGAAUCUUCAUGUUGAGGCCAUAACAAAGAUUUGCCAUGCAAAGUGUGCAAGUCGUAUCUUUGCAAACUGAGGUUGACUUUUGCCGUCUCAAGCAAAUGGAGAUUAAUUUAUAAGGUUUCGUCUAGGUGAAGGGUGGUACUGUGUACAGUCAUUGAAAGGUUGAAAGAACUAACAUACUUGUAUCCGCUAGGGAUCUCCGACAUGUUCGUUGCGCAAGCAAAUAAGUGAGGAGCUCUCUCUCUCUCUC